AUGGUGACCCAAAACAGCACGGUUGCAAACUUUUAUCGGAACAUCUUCCUUUGUGUUCGCCAGAACAAAGAAAUUCACACAGAUUUGGAACUACAAGGGUGAGUAAAAGAUGACAGAAUUGUAAUGUAUGUCCUACUGUAUGUUAGACCCAGUGGUCUCUGAGGUCUGUUAUGUUUUUUUUUGUGUGUGUGAUGAUGAUCCAGUCAUUGAAAGAGGCCCCAUAUGCCAACAGUCGGCCAUGAUGCGGCCCCAGGGAUCUUCUGUGGUCUCCCCAGGCACAACACUACUGUGGACAUGAAUUUCUCCUAAUGUGAUGCUAACUCUUCCUGUAUAGCGCUCAUAAAAGAAAUGGAAAAAUUAAGAGAGCGCCUCCAGUGACUUGCAAAUCCAUUUUAGCAUAAAACCUGGAAGAACGAAACACUACAAUGGGUAAUCAAUUUGCAGAAAUGUCCCGAAAUGUACUAGUAGGCUGCUAAGAUGGCAUUUGCCUCUUUAUUGUAGGAAUGCACGUCGUGCUUUAUAUUCCGCGGCCAUCUGCUCAGCGGAUCCUGACGCUAGAGGGCGAUGUAUCACACGCGACCCAACGCAACGCGAGAAGAACCGCACUGAAUCCAACAUGGCGUCGUGCAGCAGGGCUCAGGUGAUCUCUCUCUACAGGAUGCUUAUGAAAGAGAGUAAAAAAUUCCCCUCGUAUAGUUACAGAACAUACGCACUUCGCAGAGUGAAAGAUGGCUUCAGGGAGAACCUUCAUGUGGACAACCCCAAAACUCUGGAUAUGCUCAUAAAUCAAGCUAGAGAGAAUCUGGCGGUCAUCAAGAGACAGGUUUCCAUUGGCCAUCUGUAUUCUGCCCAGAAGCUAAUUGUUGAAAAAGAGCCUCAUUUAUAAAUGUCUGGUGGUUUGUUAAUGACAAACCUGUUUAUCCAUGUUUGUAAAAUUGUAUAUUAGAGUGUAUUGUAAAUGUAUGUUUAUGUUACAUUUUGUAGAAAAUAAAUAAGAUCUAAUGAA